AUGCUACUGGGGGAGGCAAAGCAGGGGAGCGUACCCCACCCCCCAAAGGGGGACUCCCUAAAGAACAAGGAGGAAGGACAUAAAAAGACGAACCAGAUCAUCAACGAGAUUUUCCAGCUCGAACUGAAAGACAUCCUAAAGGACGUCUCGAGUGAAAAAAAAAUAAACGAUACGAUCGAUUUUGUAAAUAACAAAAUAAACACCCUAAACAAUUUUAUCAACGAUAUAGCUAAGGAGAAAUAUGAGUACUUUUACAAAUAUAUUGACCAAAUGAGCAAUGCGAGGAAAUUAAAAAAAUGGAACUCCAACGAUUUAGAGGAUGUAGGGAGGGAAUAUAAAGCAAGUUACGAAUCGCUGAGGGAGAAAAAGAACAACGUUCUGUCUUUAAUUGUCGAGAAAAGGUGUUUAAUCGAAAUUGAAAAAGUUUUAAAAUUAUACCAAGUUAUCCAUGUGGAGGUAAAAAAACUGUGUGAUGAAAUGGAGGAGAACAAAAUUUGGGCGGUCUUCCCAACCGAUGUGAUUGACCUGAGUGUCCCCAAGAGGGAACCUUUCGAUGUACACGACCUGGGUCAAAGUACCCUCCACAGGAGUGAAAAGGACAGGUACUAUCCCAACCUACUGACCACCCCCGAUUUUGAUACCCUGGAGAAUUAUUUAAAACGGAUGAGCAGUAUAAAACGGUUCAUUUCCCAGCACGGUGUGCAAAAUAUAUCCAUCGUGGCGCUAAAGGUAAGAAGGGUGAAGGCGUACGAGGAUGGCAUAAUAAAUGUGUUCGUGAAGUAUUUAUCGGCAGAUUUUUUUAAGGAUGAGAAUUACGAGAGGAAAGUAAGGAAUUGCUUAAAUGCGUUUAAAAAUGUACAUGCCGAAAAGGAGUGUUUGAAAAAAAUAAUAAACAACAAAAUUGAGGAAGCCAAUACGUACAUUUUGGGAAUAAAAAAUGGGGGAAAAAACGGGAAAAAAAAUUUAUACACAAUUCUGCAGAAUUGUAAAAAUGGCAUCGAUCAGAUGAACUACUUGAAUGAAAUUAUUAAGGAGAAUUACUACAUGGAGGAAAUUCGUAUGAUAAAAUGGAAAGGGGGAAAAAAAACGAAUGAAAAUAACAACAGUCAUUUCAAUGCAUGGGGGGAGGACACACACAAAUGCAACACUGUACAUGUGUACACAGAAUUUUAUCUGCCCUACGUUAACUUACUAAUAAGAAAUAAAAUAAACCAGCUGGUGAAGAAGGAAGACAUGCUAUUUGUACUAAAUUUAGUGGGAGAAUUUGUACACAUUGUGCAGAGGAAGGUCGAUAUGAAGGGACAUGAGAAGAAAGAUGUCCUUUUAAAUUUGUUCAGCAAAGAAUACGAAGAAAUAACUUUCACCUCCAUGAACAAACUUAUCAAUCUAGUGGAACUUCUAUUCCAGAAAGGAAACAUAAGAAAUGCCAUGGAGUACGAAAAUUAUUACAACUUUCCCACCAUUUUUGAUAUUAAAAAUUAUGUACAGGCAUUUUUUAAAGAACUUUUUACGCACGUUUAUUAUCCACACAUUUUUCGAAAAAUCAUCGUAUCUUGUAACAAUUCGCUCCUCCUGUUAAGUAACAAUUUGAAUAACUUGAAGCAGAAUGUUAAUGUGCUCAUCGAAAUGGAUACGAAAAGUAAAUUUGUAACGAUUGAUUAUGUUCCGAAAAAGUUGAAGUACAAUUUGGAGCUUUUCCUUAUUAGCAGACAGCUUCUGCGGUACUUAGUUUGUUGUUUGGCCAGACUGAGGAGAAAAAUUGCGCAGAUAAAAAUGGAUACGUACCGGGGGAGGCGUUUCCCAUAUGGAGGUGAAGCGUCCGAUCACGUGAAUGUUCUUGCGGGCAGUUCCGUAGCCUUGCAUGCUUGUGAUGACCCCCCAAGGAGUGACUCCCCAGAGAAGGAUUUAAUCACCCUCUCUUUUGACGAAUCAGUUGAUGAAUUUUUCAACUCACAAGACCAUUUGAAUAAUUACUUCGGAGAUGUUGCGCUAUUUCCUGAUGAUGGCGUAAAAGACGAUUUUAUCGAGUGGGAAAAUGAAGGAGAAAAGAUGAAAAAAAAACAAGUAGAAGUGAAUAUGUCGUUUGGAAGGAAGGACCAUAAAGAGGAAAAAGACAUAUCAUUUAAAGCAGAUAAACCCAGUGACUCCUGUCCAAAUGGGACCGAACAAACGAGCAAGUGCGCUGAAAAAAACGUGGCGACUUUCCAAAUUAGCCUCUUCAGUGAGGCGAAAUUUAACUCGCUCCAUUUAAACGAUUCGUAUAACAUUAGUGAUGAUGACGGGAAUUACGAAAUUACUCCCUUUUUUAUUAAAGAGAAGAACAGAAAAAAAAAAAAUUAUUUCGAUUUAAUCGAAUUGGAAAAAGGAUUGUGUGAGUUGAACAAUGUUGUUAAUUCGUGUAUUUACGAAUGCUUUGAGCCAUUUGAGAAGAAAUCUGUUUGGUACUUUAAAAAUAAUUGUAGCGUUCUGGGUACUCAUGACGUCUUUUCCCUCUUCGACCAGUUAUGCAUUCAUUUUAACGAGAAAAUAGUUCAGUGUGUACCGACGUAUGAGUGCACGCAGAUGAUAAAAAACCUGAUUAACCGGACGCUCAUUUAUUUAAUCGCCUUAUCGUGUUACUACUUAAUUAGCGGAAUGGAAGUGUACAUAUUUAGGUACUACGAAUCGCUGCAGAAAAUUGCAAAUGGCGCAACGGAGGCUUCCCUGCAUUUCGGUUACAAGUUGUGUAUGCUUUUUAAAAAGUCGGUUGAUAUGAAGGCCGGUCGGGAGGUGUAUGAAGACGUGCCGGCGUUUUUCCAGCCCGUGACGUUCGUGAUUUUUCACGGGGGGCGGACCAUCGUGGACAGCAUGGGUAUGACGGAGGAUAAAUUCAUCAACCUGCUGAUCGACCACUUGAGGAAUCCGGUGCAGGCAAUGGAUGGGAAGGGCAGUCACAGCAGCAGCAUCAGUCAGAACUUAAACUUCGUGGUUAACAAAUUUGCCAAAGGUUUGUUAAAAAAAAAAUGA